AUGACAGACUAUAAAUCUGACGUUCGAUCGCUACUAAAACGCCAUCUUCGGGCGCAUGUAUAUGCUAAUCACCGUCCGGUAUUGUGGAAAAAACUAGAAUAUGAGAUCAAUAAUAAAACAAAAUUCCAGAUCCCCUACCAAGCUCAAGAACUAAAAGAUUUGGCAUUAGAUAUGAUAGAGAGAUUGAAAUCAGAACCAACUUUAGCAUUUGUAAAGGCACCGGUUGUUGUUGUGGCGGAUACACACGGCCAAUUCAUCGACUUGGUCCGAAUCUUGCAUGUUGAUCCAGAGAAUUUUCCCGCUAGUUUUGACUGCACACCGUUCGCAACAAGCAAAUAUCUAUUCCUCGGAGACUACGUUGACAGAGGAGUGAAUUCUAUCCAAAUCAUGGUUCUACUCUUUUCGCUCAAACUAUACUACAAUAAUAUCACAUUGAUUAGAGGAAAUCAUGAAACGCCAAGCGUGAAUGCGAAUUAUGGAUUUCGAGAUGAACUGAUCGAAAAAUUCAAGGAGGGACCAGGAACAGAACUUUGGAAUCUGUAUAAUGAGGUGUUUUGUUUCCUGCCACUUGCUGCGGUUAUCAGCGAACGUAUUUUGUGCAUGCAUGGCGGAAUAUCACCGGAUUUGAGAACUCUGAAAGAUAUCGAAAACAUCAAUCGACCAAUUACCGAUAUCUCUAAUAUUGUUUUAGACUUACUUUGGAGUGAUCCUAUGCCGGCUCGUCGUAAGGGUUACCACUCAAAGUACCCCCGUUUUAUCAAGAAUCCAGUGCGAGGACUCGGGACAGAGUAUAACGAGUCAGCGGUGGGAUGGUUCUGUGAGAAUUUAGAUAUUGAGUUGGUUAUUCGAGGACAUCAGUCAAAACACCAGGGUUUCGAGUUCUACUCAACCCAGCUUGUCACCAUAUUCUCCGCUUCGAACUAUUCCGACGACACAGAUAAUUUCGGAGCAAUCUGUUACGUGUCAGCUGAUGGAGGAGUUUCGAUCAUCCAAAUGAGAAACCUCGAGAAAGUGCAAUGCCCAAUGAGUGAGGAGGACACCAAAGGAGAAUAA